ACGAAAACGAAAAAAUAAACAUACUCUGAUUCGCUGUAUAUCCAAACACCAAUACAAGUACCAGCAAACAAAAAAUAAAUGGAUGUGUACCAAAGAACCGAAAGCUAGUUGCCAUCUAGAUUUUGAAACGUCCACAUCGUAAAUGUACACAUUCAGCUCGUAUCACUCACUAAUUUGUCUGUCAUUUCAAGGCUACAAUCAGACUUUUUUGAGCGGAGAAACUUUAACGUGAUUUAGAUUAAACGCUCGCAAAAGGAUACCAGAGCAAACUUACCUUAAAUAUCGAAAAUUUAGAAAAAAAGUAAAAUCAAAAUCGAAAAAUGUAUACCAAAAUCGAACAGAACUCAAAACCCCAAAUUACCAACAUGGAUUGCAGUGAAAAUUUGUCAAAAGACCUUGAGCUUAAGCUUAAUAUAAAAGGAAACAACUACGAACCGGAAGUAAUGUCCCCAGCUGAAGAAGAAAUUAUGAGAUGUUUGAGGACUUCGAAAGCGAGAUUGGAAAAAGUUGGGAGUGUUGAUUCAGCUAUUGAUAUCGACGGGGAAGCUAUGGAACCCCAAGGUCCUUCAACAAAAGGUCGUCGUUUAACAUUGACUAUUACUGAUCUCCCAUUAAGACCUGCCCUUUUGCCAAUCGCUGAGCCAAAUGAUCUCUUAGAUUCACCAACUACAGAAGUUCAAGUUACCCAACUGACAGUUCCCACUUCAGUUUCCAGUAGAUUGCUGUUAGAAGAAAAUGUUGUCGAAAUUCCCGAAGAACGUUUUGUAUCAGUUUCACGGCGACAAUCUGCCCAAAGUUCCCUAAGUGACUAUCAAAGCAGUGAAGGUGGUGGUGUAGUUCGGUUUGUCCGAACACCUUCGGUAGUCGUUUCGGAUUAUUCCGAUGAACCAAUGUGUGGAAUUACACAGGAAGAAAUGGAGUAUUUCCGGGCACAAAGAUUGCGACGAAGAUUUUCCAUGGAGACUUCUUCCAGUAGUAAGAAGGAUGAUAAUACUUCGGAUGUUAGUGCAUCAUCUUCGUGCAGUAAUUUGUAUUAUUCCGAGUCGAAAAUCAAUCCAUUACCAAUCGAUCAUAAGAUCCCAGAAAGUUCUACAUAUCAGGCUACGAUAUGACAACAGCAAUCGCAUUUACUUUGAUAUAAAAAAACAAAAAGGCCAAAUUCUUUGAGGAAUACCUACGUCAUUCGAUUCGUGUUUAUUAGCUAGUUGAUUAUGUUAUCACGUGAUAAUAAAAUAAUACAUACAUUAAAUCGAUUAUAUCCGCAAUAAAAAAUAAAAAAAAGUGAACUGUGUUUAGCGAUUAAGAACAAUUUUAUGUGACCUCCUUCUUUUAGUAUUAAGAUAUAAUUAAUGUACCUAAAUGAUCUAUAGUUUGUAAAAUACUAGCAAUAUUUUAAUGUGUCACCAAAUAAAAAUAAAUUAUUUGUA